CUUGAAUGCCACCUGCUGUAAUAAGUUAUUUUUAAACUUCCAGGAUAUUUUGAAGUGAAAACAAAAUGUGCAAGCAGAUGAAAGGUGGAUUCUGAGCGAUUUAUCUGGACUACAAAUUGAACACUCAGUACAAUAUUUACAGUUAAAUGAAAGUAUUAAAUAAAAACAGGUUACAAGAACAAAGCAUGUUAAAGAUUUUAGUAGGAAUAACCUUUCAGUGAUGUUCGUCCAUCCAUCCAUCCAUCCAUCCAUCCAUCUAUCUAUAUUGCUCAUAGACCAGAAGGUCUCUAUAGUCCCUCCAUCACAUUCUCGGUGUGACCAGGGAUUUUCUUCCAGUGGGAAAUGCUGGGUAAUCCUCCUAAAGGGAACAUCCAGAAGGCGUGCUGACCAUGAGCCACAUCAUGUGCUCAAAGGAGGAGAAGCAGCUCUACUCCAACCUCCUCCUAUUUGACGGAGCGUCUUAACCUUUCUCAAACGCUGAGUCCCCACCGAGGAAUCUAACUUCUUCAUGUUCUGAAGCUCAUUUUCAAUCCCGUUUGCGUAUCUCCUAUAGGGCGAUGAUUCACUAAGUGGCAGUGCGAGGCCCCAUUCUCCACCUAAACAAGACACCAAGACAAUUGAAGCCUUCGGCUCGAGACAGACGGUGACUCCUGAACUCUAGGAAGAAGUCCGCCUUUUACUAAUCACUUCGUGCCACUUGCAAAAAGAAAUCAAUUCUGUCUCGGUAAUAGAAUUAAAUCACUUGGUUGGUCUGUAUUUCUGAGCCUUAGGAAGGUUAUGGCAACGCUGUUGCUGCUCUUAGGGGUCUUUUGUUUUUAAAUAAUUCAUGUCAGACUAAUUGGUUACUGGAGAAUUGUUGACAUUGAACAAGCAGCGAAACGCAGCUUCUCUUUCCCUCUGAAAGUUGUCCUGAAAUUCCAGACAUGGACGGGAAGCUGCAGGUAUUUCAUUACUUCCCUGCUCUGGUAUCGACCUCACAUUUAUCUGACUUAAAGUUAGUCAGCAUGUAUUGCUCACAUGGAUGGCGACUCACAUAUUAUUGUGCAAUUUAAGUCCUUUAAUCUAAUAGGGCAAAUUGAAAACAUAAUUUAAUAUGGGCUGCAAUGCAUAUUUGUGACUGGCAUGAUUGAUUUAACAAACCUCCUUCCCAUGUUUUCUCUAUAAGCCUUUGCAUUUGCUGUGCUGCUGUGCUUUUUGUUUACUAAACUGUUUGACAUGGAAAUAUUAUGUCUUGCAAAAAUAUUAAUAGACCUUGAAUGUGCUUUAGUGUGAUUUUAUGAGACAGAAAAGAAAAAGUAUAAUACAUAACAGUGAAGAAGAAGCAAAAUGAUACAUGAAAAAAACGCAAAAGGCGACAAUUGUAUAUUAUUACUCUGACACCCCUAAAUAAAAUCCAGAACAACCGACUUCCUUCAAAUGUAACUUAGUUAAUAAACAGACCCUAAAUUUCAGUGUGUCAGUUUAUUAUAAUUUAAGUAAAAACAUGACUAUCACCCUGAAUAUUAUAACCAGCAGAGUCAAACAUGGUGGUGGCAGUGUCAUGCAGUGGAGAUUGUUUUUCUUCAGCAGGAACGAUGAAGCUUGCCAACAGAAAAUGGGCUUAACUCGCUCCCAUUUUGGGGAUAAUGGCAGGCGAUUCGCAUCUAGAAGGGCAUCUGGAAUGCAAUAUUUUUCCUUACUAAAUAAUAAAAACCAAGUAUCAUUUUUCUCCCCCUCUAUUGUAUAAAAUCCCCCAUAUAACCUGGGUGUAACUCGGGUGUUAGGUGUCAAAAUGCACCAAAUCUCAAGGCUCUUUUUCUUUCAUUUCUUUGGAUUUCAACCUUAUAUUUCUCUCAGUGGAGGCAACCAUUUGUUCUGUGAGAACCUUGGAGAAAAGAAGGUGUGGAGAGCAAGUUGCGGACGCUUACAAGCCUCUGGUCAAGAUAGGAUUUCCUCCGCUCCAGGUCAUGAAUAAUUCAACAUGGGAGGCCACGACUCGCCUCGAAAGAGAGCAAAAGGAAAGGAUGUGUCUUUCUAGCACCAGAAGGAAAGAGGACGAGGCUGGAGGAGCAUGGAGGAGGUGGUGAGGAAGCGACCAAUAAUCUCCGCCAGGGAAAGAGGACCGGGCCCCGCGCGCUACGCUCUGCCCCCUACAGUCGGAUACAUUAACCAUGACUUCACCAAGCCCAGCAGCCCUGCGUACUCCUUCCACGGCCGCAUGAGCACUGCCAUGAUAUCUGUUGACUCCAGCCCUGGACCGAGGUACUACAUCGGGGACAAGCUCACCCGGUUUGGUCGGACAGAGACACCGUCCUACUCCAUGUCAGGAAGAGGCAGACGAAUUGGGAAGACAGACGAGCCGUUCCAGACUCCGGGUCCGGGGGCCUACAGCCCAGAGCGGGCGCCGCCUCUGAAUGCUCAGCGCAGGCCUCCGUCCUACACGAUCGCCGAGCGGACCAGGUACCGCUCUGUGGAUCCUGUUCCAGCGCCAAACAGCUACACUCUUCCUGGACUGCUGGGUCCCCAAGUCCCCAAUAAACCUGCCAGCGCCAGCUACAGCUUCUCAGGCCGGAGGACAGCCGGCGCUCCGUCCGAGGAUCUCUCCAAAACACCGGGACCGGGGCAGUACAGAAGCACCGACCCGGACGUCUACAGGCAGCGACAGCCUUCCUUCACCAUGCAGCGCCGGACCAAGAGGCUCAGCCACCCCUCUGCCGCUCCGGGUCCGGGAACGUACAGCCCAGAGAAGACCUACGGGCAUCUCCACAAGUCCCCGUCCUUCAGCAUGGGCAUCAGGCACUCUGAGUUUGUUACCCCGCUGGUGGUGCAUGUGGCCGAUUGACUGACCGGACUCUGAAAAUACUUUGUGUAAUCGUGUUUUUAUUCCGUUUUAAACGUUCCCUUUUCAGUUCAAGCAAUGUAACAACCAUAAAAAGAUACAAAAAAAUAAAUGGGAUUUCUGCGCUGUACAGAUAUUAUUAAUACAUUUUAGCAUAAAUAAAACAGAACAUCAA